AUGGCGACCAAUUUUACUCGCGAGACACCCGACCUGGGUAAACCCCAAUUAGCGUCUCCACGCAUGGCUGGAGCCGAUUGUGGUGGUGGGGAUUAUGGUGGGAUCGUUGAUUGUGAAUCGCCGCCGAGACUCCACGAGCUUCAUGCCAAAUCGGAGACUGUAUUCGGGCUCCGCAUCAAGACGCCAGACUCGUCACGCUGGGCGCACUAUUAUCACAGCAGAAUCUUGCAGAAACUGCCCUUUUUGGUCGAGAUGUUCUACUGGAUCAUGAAUUAUCUGUUCUAUUCCGUGACCAAAGGAGUAGCACAGUGGCUCUCCCCGGCCCAGAUAGGAGUCGUCCAAGUGGCGCGAGACCACGCCAUUGACAUCCUCAAUUUUGAACAUAACACCGCGUCCUGGGUCUUCCCUAUCCAGGAAUCGGAUUUCCAGUCCUUUUCAUUCAAAAUCAUCCCUCCAUUCUGA